AAUUCCAAAAAACCAUCUUUCUUCUCUUCUCCUCUUCCUCUCAUUCACUUUCUCUCUCCUCCCCCAUUCUUUUCUCUUUCUCUCCUCCUUAUAUUACGCUUACUGUGGGUAUAACCUUGUAGAAGACGUAACAGAAAGAAGAGAGAGAAAACACCGUUAUACCAUUUUUCCAUAAAACAAAAGCCAAAAAAAAAAAAAAAGAAAAAUGUCAGGAGGAACAAGAAUUAACCUCCUCCUUUAUCUAUCUCUCUCUCUCCUUUCUUUCUUUACCGUCGUCUCAAACGCUGCGUUUAACGUCCCCACUAUUGCCUUCGAUGAAGGCUACACCCCUCUCUUCGCUGAUUUUAAUAUCAAAAAAUCCGACGAUGGUCGUGCUGCUAACCUUCAUCUCAACCGUUACGCUGGGUCUGGAUUUAUUUCUUCGAAAUAUUAUGAUUAUGGUUUUUUUAGCGCAAGGAUUAAAUUACCGGGUAAUUACACGGCUGGAGUUGUGGUUGCCUUCUAUACAUCUAAUGCUGAUGUAUGGGAAAAAAGACACGAUGAAUUGGACAUAGAAUUUUUAGGCAACUUGAAAGGGAAGCCAUGGAGGUUUCAAACGAAUAUGUAUGGAAAUGGGAGUACCAAUAGAGGAAGGGAAGAGAGAUAUAGACUAUGGUUUGAUCCUACUAAAGAUUUCCAUCAAUAUAGCAUUCUUUGGACUCGCAAUAACAUCAUAUUUUACGUAGAUAACGUCCCAAUAAGAGAAAUAGUCCGCAAUGAAGCAAUGGGAUCAGACUUCCCAUCUAAACCCAUGUCCCUCUACGCAACCAUAUGGGAUGCCUCAAGUUGGGCUACUGCCGGAGGCAGGUACAAAGUCAAGUACGAGUUCGAGCCCUUCGUGUCCGAGUUCACCGACUUUGUACUCGAUGGUUGCCCUGUGGAUCCCAUCGAACAAGUCGCGGGCACCACUAGCUCCUCCGACUGCGCUACCAAGAAAGAUGAGAUCGAAAACAAGGAAUAUUCUCAAGUUACCCCUGGAGGACGUAGGGCCAUGAAGUGGUUUAGGGAGAAGUAUAUGUACUACUCAUAUUGUUAUGACAUGGUCCGCUACCCGGUUCCACCACCGGAAUGUGUGAUUGUGUCAUCGGAGCAGCAGAGGUUUAAGGAGACAGGGAGGUUGAAGUUUGGGUCUAUACCAAAGAGGCAAAGAAGGAGGAGAGGCCAUGGAAGGAAACAAAAUAAUAAUGUUGAGUCUAAGGAAUUACAGGCUAAUAUGUGAUCAGUUUUUGUCAUCAAGGGAAAUAUUGUGUGAAAGUUUUAUGAUGUAAAUUAAUUAAGAAAUUAGGUGAUGAGGGUGAAUGUGAAUGAAAAUAUAAAAUCAUGUAUGUGAUUAAUUCUUUUGGGGUUGUUUGGGGUCAUUAAAAAUGAUAAAAAGAGCUAUUGUUACGGGGAAGCACAGUACAUUUUACACACAUAUCAUAUAUAUAUCAUGAUUCUUUGUAUUCUUUUAUA